AUGGGUGCUAGAGCAGUAGAGAAUCCUAGAGUGGAUAUUGGUGCUGCAGUGGACCCUAGAGUGGAAGUUAGACCUGUUGAGGAUCCUCGAAUGGAAGUCAUUAUGAGGACGUUGGAACGAAUUGGAAAUCUGUUAGAACAGCAGACUCAGGAAAGAGCUACUCCGAUUGCCCAAGUUGCCAAGGCCGCCGAGGCCGCUGUUGUUGCUAAUAAUGAUGAGCAUCAAGGGCAGGGACAAGUGGUUGCUAAUAGACCUAUGCAUCAGUUGGUAGAACAGUUUAUUAAGCUGAAACCACCCAAGUUUUCUGGGAAAGGUGACCCGGAGGCUGCACCUAGAUGGGUAGAAGAAUUGGAGAAGGCUUUUGAGGUGCUGGAGUGUAACAAUCACGAAAGGGUGACUUUGGCAGUGUAUCAGCUACAGGAUAAUGCGAAUGAUUGGUGGAAAGCCACCAAGGAUAGGAUUUUUCUUGAAGGUACUGCGAAAACUUGGGCUGUUUUUACUGAGAAAUUUUAUGAGAAAUAUUUUUCAGCUAGUGCUAGAGAAAGAAAACUCGCGGAUUUUAUGAGACUCCACCAGGGCCAGAUGACGGUAGAUCAGUAUGAGGCGGAAUUCGCGAGAUUAUCUAAGUUCGCGCCGAGAAUGGUGGAACAUCCUGAGGAUAAGGCGCGAAGAUUUCUGGAUGGAUUGAGGGCUGAUAUCCGCAGCCAAUUGUUAUUAGUAAACUUGGGAACGUACGAGCAGAUAUUUGAUAGGGCCCAGAUUCUUGAGCGGGAUCAAAUGGAUAGAGCUGCUACAUCUGGAUCGAGGUUUAUCCAGGGUUGGAAUAAUCGUAAUCCUGAGAAGAGGCCGAUGGUGGAUAAUAGGCGUUUCACUCCACUAGCAAAAAGGAAUAUUGAAAAGCCAAUUCGGAUUGGGAAUGGUCCGUGUAGGAUUUGUGGAGGUAGACACGGGAAUGGACCUUGUCCAAUUAGGGGUGGAGCUUGCUUUGGAUAUGGAGGAUUUGGGCAUCAUAUAAAGAAUUGUCCCAAUCCCAGGCAGAAUAGGUCGCCUGCUUUGCCGCCACCUCGGAAUGAGAAUCAAGCUGGAGCGGCCCAGACAGCGAAUCUGAAUCAGAAUAGGCCUCCAGCGCAAGGACGAGUGUAUGCGAUGGCUAGACGAGAGGCUGAGAAUGCACCGAGGGUUGUCACAGGUACGAUUUCUCUGUGCAACCAUGCUGUGUAUGUUUUAUUUGAUCUUGGAGCAUCGCAUUCUUUCGUAGCGAAACAGUUUGUUGAUUUGAUUGAGUUAGAACCGCAAUUGCUUGAUAUCGUAUUAUGUGCGACGAUUCCCUUGAAUGAUAGGAUGUUGAUUUCGUUUGGUUGUCCAAACUAUAAGACUGUGAUUGGGAUUAGGGAGGAAUUGAUCAAUUUAGCGGUUCUAGAUAUGUACGACUUUGAGGUGAUAAUAGGAAUGGAUCGGUUGUCUAAGUAG